AGGGGGACCACGCUCAAUACCCGCCCGUUUUCUUCCCAAUCGACCACAAUUCUAUCCUCCACCACCAACCAACUGCAUUUCUUCAAUAUACUGUCAACUCGUCUGUCGCCGCUGCUCACUUGCGCCUGCGAACACGAUCCUCUCGUUGCAGCAUACAGUCGAUCGCGGCCUUCUCCUAUUCUCCUUGCUUGUCCUUCCCGCAGCACGCGUCGCUCUGCAACAAUCGAGCUGGCUCGCACCCAACGCCAUCAGUCAUUACCGCGUCGGUCAUCCGUUUUCGCCCUGUGCCUCCGAACCUCGCCUCACUUCCGUAUCCAUCGGGCUUUUCUUUGCUCUCGUCGCUCCUCAGCCGAACCUCUAUGCGCCCCGAAUCGAGUCAGAGCCCGUCGAGUUCGUUCGACGAGCACAUAACGCGACGUCCAUCCUACCCCCGCCCCAAUGGUGCGCGCAAUGACCACCCUGAAGCCACAGCUUGUGAGAGCUGAUACCCUGGACCUACAAGACCAUGAUGCCCCCUCGGCGAAAGAUCACACCAAACAACCUGCUCAUCCUUCACCCUACGGGUAUGGCCCUGCCGCGCCGCAUCAACAGCAGACAUUGCGUCAUGCUGAGCAGGAAGCAUACCAGCAACAACACACAAGUCCCAGGGCUUCGGAGGACAGAGCCAACGGAGGCUUUCAUUCCGACCAACACUUUUACGAUGACCUUGACGAUGACGGAGACGACGACCAUAUAAAUUCGCAAAAUGGUAUCAAUGGGAACGGAUACCAUGGGCAGGACCUUGAUGAUGGUGGAGCGGGCGACUCCCACGACGAGGAGGAUAUGGAUGACGACCUGAUGGACAAGAUCUCCAGCUCACCCUCAAUUGAAGAUGGUAAAUACUCCCUCCCCGUUUGGCCCGCCCGAGUCGACUCUGUGGACCUUGGAGCUUCCCCGGCUUCACCGACGCCGACUCGAGGCAGCUGUUCUUCGUCUUCUCCGUUUUCUUCUUCCCCGGCCCAUUUCCCUUUGCGCCCAACGCAGUUGUUUCACCCGGCCAGUCAUCAUGGUGAGUACGAACAGGAUCAGGAUGUCAUCAACACCGAACAUUAUUUCGACGGCUCUCCCGGCCACGACCACUAUCAGACUCCACAAGCAAGCCUGCCACUCGCACCGGGAUCAAACACGACCAUGCAUUACUACAAUAUCCCAUUGUCCGAGUCCCAGGAGUUCCGACGAUAUCUAUUGCCGGUGAAUGAUCCGCUGUUGGAUGAUACGGUCGAGAGCUACGAAGACGACUUCGUUUACGACGAAACAGACGACGACUGGGAAGACGAAGACUCCUAUUUGCCAGAUCCUGACUCGAGUUCUGAUGAUGACACCGAGAAUUUUCAAUUUUGUUCCAAUGGGCGCUUGAUUGAUUCUGGUUGGGGAGGAGAAUGCUUACGAGAGAUAGAGGACAUUGACUUCGAGUUCGUGUAUGCUCUACACACGUUUGUCGCUACCGUCGAGGGUCAAGCCAAUGCCACAAAGGGAGAUACCAUGGUGCUGCUUGACGAUAGCAACAGCUACUGGUGGCUAGUCCGAGUCGUCAAAGACGGGAGCAUUGGCUACUUGCCCGCUGAACAUAUAGAGACGCCUACUGAACGACUGGCUCGAUUGAACAAGCAUAGAAAUGUUGAUUUGUCUGCUUCUAUGCUCGGAGACAACACAGAAAAGUCGAAAAAUCCAUUAAAGAAAGCCAUGCGGCGCAGAAACGCUAAAACGGUGCAAUUCUCAGCACCCACAUAUUAUGAACCUUCUGAAUACGAUUACUCAGACGAGGAAGAGGAAGAGGACGAAGAAGGAGCGCUCGAGGGCGGAGAGAAUGGCGACGACACUGAUGUCGCCGAAGAUCAGCAAGACGUCUCCAGUACCACCACAGAAUCACGGAGUAAAGAGGAAGCGGGAGCAGUCAACGGCAUUCAGCGUAUGACGAGCAACGACAGCUUGAAGAACGAGGUCUCAUCCAGUCCCACGAAAAUGCAGCAAGUGCAGGAUGGAUUAGAACAAAAUUCGGAAGAGCCGGUGCAACGGUCGAGGAAGGGAGUCGUAAGAAAUACAGACUCGUUUUUCCGUGACGACACGGUGGAAACGAAGAAGAUCUCAUUAACGCCGCGACUUUUGAGGGGCGACUCUGAUACAGGCGCAUCCGCCGAACCACAAGAAGUCCGCCAACGACCCAGUCUGGAGACGUUCGAUAAGAUAGUCGGCUCGGACGACAAGUCAAAGGACAAGAAAAAGGAAAAGAAAGGCAUGCUCAGCGGUUUGUUUAAACGGAAGAAGGGUGCCACGCCGGAAGAAAACGAAAAGGUUGUGGAGGAGUCUCGACAACCGCCACAAUCGAAAGAUUCUCUCGAGUCGCUCUCAUCUAGACCAGACACCGGACCGGAGCGAAAGCCAAGUAAACUGCAAAAGACGCCUCCACAAGCAUUGUCGAAGGCUUCGCCUUCGGAUCAGCGGGCUCCCUCUCGAGAAGGUCCGAACGCUCCACAAACGGCGGCACCACCUGCACCUACAGGACCUGCACCGGCGCCACCAACAGUAAGGAAAGUUGAGUCUGAUAAUGUGCAAGCAGAAGAACUUCAAGAAUCAGCGGCUUCGCAGACUCAAUCGACCACCCAAGUAAACCGCUUCCCAUCACUCACAGAGAAGAGAUCGAUCUUCUCGCCCAUUACGACCGCGCUAAAGUCGAGCUCAUCAGCAGGGACAGACGGCGAUUCUCCUACGAAACCCAUAUAUUCUAAGAGGGCGAAGGAACGAUUUGCGAUUGACGACAGUGAUUCCGAGGACGAGAAAACCAUCAAAGCAGAAGACCAAAACCAGGACCAAAGAGCCGUGUCUCCCAUAGUGGAAUCGCACGGGGCACCACCUCGAUCAGAUUCUGGAAUGCAAGUCUCACCUAUCGAACCAUCCGACAAGUUUAAUGAAUUCCAAUACCAAACUCAACAAGCAGGUGCACUCAGAGUGUCGCCUAUACCGAACGAGACCAAUCCAGCGGCUUCAGAAGGAACCGCUAGUACGUCGAAACCUUCGCCGUCCACUGCCACUCACACGCCGUCAACAUCGAGGUCGACCCCGACAUGGUCAGAUGCAUCUUUACGGUCGUACAUGGAGAACAGUCAGGACAUCAAAGAUCUCCUCAUAAUCGUGCACGACAAAUCCAACGUGACGCCUGUGGGACCUGAUCACCCGCUUAUGCAUAACCUCUUUUCAGAUGAGCGAAACAGACUCACAGAGAUGCAGACACAGCUUGACAAUAUGUUGAUGGGCUGGAUAUCAAAAAAGAACUCGAGCUUGCUGUCUGCGACGACUUGAUAUGAGCGAGGUUAUGGCGUCGAAAUGUUGAUCCCUCAUGGAUCUAUAUGAUCAUUUGUAUUACUUUCACUUCUUUUAGCAUGUCAGCGACGACGCUCGACUUGUACUACUAGGGACGGGUCUUGCUUCUUUCUGUUUGAAUUUUCAUGACGACAAUAUACCUAACAAUGAUGAAGAGCGGAUGGAAGAUACCUGAGGGAAGUCAUGCAUAUUAUAUUGUACAGGCCUUCUCUUUGCAAGGCUGAUUUGUGGGGUCGGUAAGGGCAUGGCUAGGGGGGUAUCAAGGAUAGUUUGAAGGCUGUCUGUUUGCGAUGCCGGAGGAAUGGCAAGCCGGCUACUUUCCUCGCCAAAGGUGACAAAAUCGAUACAUUUUGUGCCGUGAA